AGUAAAAACAAAAGUGUCGACGUACUUCGCUAGACGAAGCACUUGGUGAAUGGCGAAUAGACCGCUGGUUGUUGAGCCGACGAACUCCUUAUAUUUCAUUCUAUCAGAAUAAUAUUGACUGAAGCGUCUGAGGUGCCCAUUUUGUAUGAUUCGAACUUUGAUAGUUCUUUGUUGGCUGCCUUGUGUAAAAUCACUCUGAGAGGAAUACAGAUGUCAACAUGUUGGAGGUUGUAGCAAGUCUCCCAAGAGGACCAGUCUUUUUAGCUGGCGAGAGCUUACAAUGUGAUGUCAUUUUUACCAACACUUCGACUGAUAAUCAAGCUGUAGAUGAAGUGUUGGCGUGGUCCAGUGUACAGAUCAUUUGUCAGUGCACUGUCAGUGAAUCUCGAGUCCAGCUUCCUCGCAAAAAUUCGUUGUCAACUGAAGAGGCAUCAACGACAGGAUGUGACACAUCAUUCAUUCCUAACAAAGGGGAAAGAGGCCUGACUGUUUUAUGCACAAAGCCAAAAAUUUUAUUCUGUGAUCUCAAAUUAUCCCCUGGCAUGUCGAGAUCAUAUACGUUUGAGGAGGUAAUUCCAACUGAUGCUCCACCUUCUUUUCGUGGGCAAGCUGUUAAGUACUCCUAUAAAGUUAUUGUUGGCACCCAAAGGUUGGAGAAGGCUACAAAAAUGGUGCGAGUUCCCUUCAGAGUAUUAGUGUUGUAUGGUCUCAAUGACAUUAGUGUGUAUAAUGAAACAGAAGAAAUUGCGCCCAGCAAUCCAUUUUUGCACUACCAGAGAAAAGAAAAUUCUGUCUUGGAUGUGGCGUUACAAAUCAUUUCUACAGUCACAGCAAGAAAAGCCCCGCAUUCAUACAACAUUACGAAUAGUCGAGGUCGAGUAGCAAAGUUUUUACUCUUCAAACAAGCCUACAAGCUGGGAGAGGACAUUGUGGGCAUGUUUGACUUCAGUGAAGGAACUAUUCCCUGUGUCCAGUAUUCUGUGACUUUACAAAGUGAGGAGCAGAUAUCUGAGGAGUGUCGUCGCAAGCCAAGCCAGGGAACAGCUGUCACUUCCUAUGUCAAACAUCAAGAGAUGUGUGUCCAUACAGUGAGGACUCAUAUGAAUAUUCCAAUACCUCUGACAGCCACGCCAGGUUUCAUUACAGAUAUUGUAUGCCAAAGAUGGAGGCUACAUUUUGAGUUUGUCACAUCACUUGAUGAGAUUGGCAGUCCAGCGUCCUUACCAGACGAUGGAGAAGAAAGGCAAUGGCAAGGUCCCUCUAUGCUCAAUGUGGAAACAAUGGUCUGGGACUUGCCCAUAAAAGUAUUUCCUACUAACCCCAUUCAUGCUUCCAGCGUUACUUUGAUGAAAACUUCGUCCUCGAUACACAUUGGACACUGAAAGAAUGCAGUUUCUCAAUAGUGUAAUAUGUGGGAACAAAAAUAUAUAGUAAAGAGCUAUUUCUUAUCUGAUUCUGUGUUUGAUCAGAGCCAGAAGCUCUCAAAACUUGGGUAUUAAGUGCAAUCGCCUCCUUCAUCAUGUGAUCAUUUUGGUUUGUUGAAGAAUGAAGAAAAGAUUUGAGUCCACAGUAAUAUUUUGUUCACAAGUUGUGUCCUGUCGGAGAAGGCCACACUGUUCUUGACAGUCCAUGUCAUGGGCACUCCCUGCCUUCUCUCCAAGUCAACUGAAUGUGCAGGACCCUCAAGUGAAUACAAAAAAUUGGUGUCAAAAUUGCAGUAUGCAGCCUACCCUAUUUCUUAAACACUGAAGUCAUUUACCAUAAUAUGUUUAAAUUUUACUUUAUCUAAAUUCCACAAAAAAAGUUACAUUGCUGUGUGUUCUUUACAAGUCAUUAAUUGGUAUUGUUGGCCUGGAUAAUUUGGAUUUUUUAAAAAGUGGUUUGUCCAAAAUUAUAUGCUGAGACUUUUAAAACCUGUAUUUGGGCUUUUUAGAAAGUUUCCAUAUAUACAGUCGAACCUGCCUUAACGGAAA